AUGUUACAAUCAUCCGAUAAUACUCGUCGAAUUCAACAAUCAUCGAAAAAUAUGAUGCAAUUUACUGAGAUAUAUCCAAUAAAUGAACAAUUAGGACCAUCUCCUCGAAGUGGCCAUCGAGCCGUAGCAACAGAUUCUGACCUAUGGUUAUGGGGUGGCUAUUUUCCGCGUCAAACAAAUCAAAAUGAAUCUAUGUUUAGAGAAUUAUGGAGAUACAAUUUUGCUCUGAAACAAUGGACAAAAGAAGAAACUAUUGGGGAUGGUCCAACGUUAACAUUAGCAUCACAUGCUGUUUGUCUUCAUCAACAUCUAAUGUUUGUAUUUGGAGGAACGGGUUUUCCAUUUGGUCAACACGGUUCAAACGAUCUCUAUAUAUUGGACUUACGACAACGAAAAUGGAAACGUCAUAAAUUACUGACAGACCCACCUGGGAAAGUCUACGGUGCAAGUAUGUUGAUUAAAAAUGAAUAUUUAUAUAUUCUAUGUGGAACAAAUAGUUUACGAUAUAAUUCUGAUGUAUAUCAAAUUCAUUUGCCAACAAUGCAGAGUAUAAAAAUUGGACAUACAUUUGAUGAAAUCGAAGAACCAUUUGAGGCGGGACGAUAUCGUCAAGAAGCUGUAUUACACAACGAUAAAAUAUUCGUCUUUGGCGGUGGAGGAAUUUUAGGCAUCUCAUUUUCAUUGAAAUUGAUUCCCAUAUUUGAUUUGAAUACACAUACGUGGUCAUUUUUAAAAACAAUACCAGAUCCUGUACAUAGCUAUCCUUCUGAGAGAAAAUUUCAUAGUGUAUUUAAAAUAAGUGAAAAUCGUUUACUCGUAUUUGGAGGUGCACAUUUUGAUAUUCAGCAAAAUCAACAUUUUUUAGUUGAAAAAAAUGUAUGGUCAUUUGAUUUCAAUAAAUUAGAAUGGACUAAAUUACCGAUACAAAUGAUUACAUCAACUUAUUUUCACGCUGCUGCAAUGAAUCAACGAGGAGAGAUUUGGUCACAUGGUGGUGUUUUAUUAACGGAUAAUGAUCAAGAUGGUGAUGAGUUAACACGUGAAAAACGAAUAUCAAAUUUAUUUAUGUUUCAUGUACGUCCAUUAAGUCUACAAGAAAUAGCAUGGUCCAAUUUUGUAACAAAAAUUACGGAUAAAAGUUUAUUAACAAAACGUUCAUCAUUAUUAGAAUUAAUGAUUCCUCUACAAUUUGUUAAUAGAAUACAUUAA